AUGCCGCUGACUACAGAUUCAACUACACCGGUGGAGGCACUAAAGAUUCUUCCGAACAAUACGCACCCGAAAUGGAUCAAGGAUCGGGGUCUGCGGAAGCUGAACCUUGGGAUUGCGUUCAUGUUCGCGUCCUCGGCUGGGACGGGGUAUAAUGGGAGUCUGUUCAACGGUUUGCUUGUGUUGCCCGAAUUUUCCAUGAUUUACGGCGGCUUGAAACCUAGUAUCAUCGGUCUCCUGAUCGCUGCGACCUCUUUGGGCGCUUUUUUUGCCUUCACACCAGCAUCCUAUAUGGCGGAUAGAUUGGGCCGGAAGUGGUGCGUUGGUGUAGGAUGCUGCUUGGUGAUUGUCUCCUCCGUCAUACAGGUCACUGUACAAAACCACUGGGUCUUUUUCGGUUGCCGAGUCCUUGCUGGCGCCGGCGUGGGGACCGCCCAGACCGCGGCACCACUACUGGCAACGGAGAUUGCCCAUCCACGCCAACGACAAACAGCAACAGCCCUGUAUAAUGCGUGUUGGUCCAUCGGAUCAAUUGCAUCGGCUGGUAUAUGCUUCGCAACGCUGGCUGUGAGUAACAGCUGGUCAUGGCGGGUCCCUUGUCUCCUUCAAGCCUGUUUUCCGUUGGCCCAGCUAGUGGGUCUAUUCAUUGUGCCCGAGAGUCCUCGUUGGUUGGUUUCCAAGGGAAGACAUGACGAGGCUCUUGCAAUGCUGGCCAAAUACCAUGCAAAUGGCGAUAAACAUGAUGAGCUGGUUCAGCACGAGUUCCAUCAGAUAUGCAAUACCAUCAGCGUCGAGGCCCUGGAGCCAAGCAACUGGAGCUCAUUCUUCUCGUCCAAAGGUGAUAUACAUCGUGUAGUGAUUUGUGUCAUGGUUGGUCUUAUGCAGGAAUGGGCUGGGAACGGCAUUAUAUCAUACUACUUGGCCCCCAUUCUGGCAUCGGUCGGGGUAACUCGCGCAGCAGAUCAAGCAGCAGUCAACUUGGGCUUGCAAGUCUGGAAUCUAUUUCUCUCUGCAGGAGGCGCCGUUGCCUCCGAGCGAUAUGGUCGGCGCAUUCUUUGGCUCUUAGGAACAAUGAUUAUGCUCGUCUUCCUUUCCAUUAUGACAAUCGUGGCAGGCCUUUUCCAGGAGAAGCACAUAGCAGCUGCCGGUCUGGCCGUGGUUCCUAUGAUCUUCCUCUUCUUUUCCGGCUUCAACCUCGCAUAUUCGCCUUUAUUCAUUGCCUAUCCUGCUGAGAUCCUGCCAUUUCCGCUUCGGGCAAAGGGUAUGGCCAUCACGCUGUCAACGGAUGCUGUUGCAUGCUUCUUCAAUCAGUAUGUAAAUCCGCUUGCAUUUUCAGCAAUGCAGUGGAAGUACUAUCUUGUCUAUGUGGGAUGCUUGAUGUGGUUUUUGGCAACAGUGUAUUUCCUCUUUCCGGAGACGAAGGGGAGAUCGCUGGAGGAGGUUUCCAGGAUUUUUGAUCGGAAGGAAGUGCGGAGUGAGGAUUCCAGUGACACAAAAACUGAAGGGUAG